AUGUCUUACCACGCCGCUGUCAUGUACCCCAAUGAUGAGGACAUCACCUUCGAUGAGUCCUACUACCUCCAGACGCAUAUGCCUCUGGUGGAGAAGAUCUGGAAGAAGCACGGACUUGUUAGCUGGAAGAUCAUCAAGUACACCACCGCUCUUGAUGGCUCUCGCUCCAAGUUCCUGAUUGCCGCCAACCUGGUCUGGGAGAGCGAGGAUGCGGCCAAGAAGGCCCUCCAGGACCCCGAGUCUCCCAAGGUCUUCGAGGACAUCCCCAACUUCACCAACAAGCAGCCCAUUACCCUGGCCGGUGUUGGUCUCUAA